UCCUGCAGUGCUUACCAGCUAAACCUCAGUCUCCCCAGGGUGCAGAAUGGAGAAGGCAGGUCUGUUGGCUCCGACAUCCCUAGGCUGCUCUAAAUUCUAUUACUUUGGAGAAGGAGGACCCCAAAGGGAAGGGACGGAGGCUGAAUCAGAAGGAGGAGAAGAAGGAGAACAAGAAGAAUAAGAAUGUUGUCCUCUGAUUCCAGGCAAGGGCCAUAAUCUGAACCCUGAAGAUGAUGAACAUUUCAAAGCAAGGAUGAAGGAAACGCCUGUUUCACUCAAAAAUAUCAUUAGAAUCAGUGAGACAGGGUUUCGCAGGGCGCCUGAAGAUCACGUGACUCCGGAUCCAGGCGCUUUGACAGCAGCGAGGGGAGCUGGGUCGGGACACUCGCCGGCUGAAUUUUAGGCAGCUGUUUUCUUUCGCUGGAAUUUGGGAUCGUCGGUCGCUCCUGCUCCUCGCCGGAGGGUCGCUGGUUCAAUCCCAGUAACGGUCAGAAUAGUAUUUUCGGAGGACUGUUCGCGCAAACCUUGCAGUUAUCCGUCAGCCCGCGCUCGCCGCGUGGGGAAGGUUGCAAAAGGAAAAGAGGGAGGGGGGCCCAAGAGGGAAACCAGGGACCCUUCCACCACACUGUCCUUUUCCAGCUCUGAGAAGUCCUCUUUUCCCUGGGAAGUGGUUCUUAUUUCCGGGCGCCCCCAAGGACCAGAAGUGGCUGGGGAGAAAGUUCUGCGGGACCCGGGGGUGGGGAGGGGGAGUCCCAGAGCCCGGCAGGGGUGCAGGUCCCAGGAUCCCCUUCCUGUGGCUCCUCCUCCCUCCGCCCCUACCCAAUCCCUCAAACCAUCCAUUUUGAGGAGGGGGUCCGGAAGCAGGUACAAAGGGCCUGGGCAGGACGAGUCUCUGUCAUCGAUCCUUCCUGGGGGGGGGGGGGGGGGCGUCGUUUUGUUUUAUUUGUUUCUUUAGUUAUUUUUACAGUCCCACUCCUCCGGUCCUCAGCCCUGCAACCCUCUGCCUCGCACAGGGAACGAGCCCUUAGGCUGCGCUGCCCGCAGGCUGGUCCCGAAGCCGGUGUUGUUGAGAUGGACCCUGUGACCUUCACAGACGUGGCCGUGAACUUCACCAGGGAGGAGUGGGCCCUCCUGGACUCCAGGCAGAGAAUUCUCUAUAGAGACGUGAUGUUGGAAAACUGCAGGAACCUGGCCUCUCUGGAUUUGCUAAAGCAACAUCAGACAAAAAACUCAACCCCUCAGCCAGACAUUCUUGCUAAAAAGACACCUGUUGAAGCAAAGAGAGUAUGCACCGUGAGCCAUGCUUCCCGGCAGUCCCUAUUGGGAGAAGACCGGAAAUGCCACAAAACAGACAAACCACUCACACAAAGGGAGCAAAAGUUGAAGCGAGUUGCCACUGUACACGAAAAAGAUGAGUCUCCGGUUAGAAUCCAUGACUCUCAUGAUAUGAGGGACGACUCUCUGCCUCGCUCAUGGAGAGAUUCUACAGGAAACCGUAUCCAGAAACAUGGCUCAAACAUUCUGAAACAAAAUCCUGCCCUAACCAGUCAUCAAAAGAUCUACAGAAACAACAAAAAUGAUACAAUCUUGCAGCAUGUUGAGACGACCCCAUCUGUAGGACAUCAGAUGGAGCCAGAGUCCAAAAUAUGGACUGACCGUCAGAACAAUGUGCUUCAGACCCAUAAUAAUAUCUGCAGGGGGGUGGACUUCCAUGAAUGGGAUCCAUUUGGAAAAACCUUUGAGGAAGACAUUUCCCUUAGGUUAUGCAAGACUCCCAUGAAAGAGAAGACUUAUGAGUCUAAUCCAUGUGAAAUCACCUUCCAAAAUAGCUCGACCCAUGAUGUGCAGAGGCAACCCGAUAUGGCAGAGGCAAAUCACGAGAAGAAUCAAGGUGCGAAAACCUCUGUCCACAUUGCAAAUUCUGACUCACACAGGAAGACUAAGACCAGAGAGGGGAGAUAUAUAUGUCAAGAUUGUAGGAAAAGUUACGUGUAUCUGUCAUUCCUUAGGAAACACAUGGAAAUUCACACCGGAGAGAAACCUUAUGAAUGCAAGACCUGUGGGAAAGCCUUUAGAUAUACCUUACACCUUGACAAACACUUAGCAAAGCACAUUAGGAAGAAGCCCUAUAAAUGUGAGGAAUGUGGGAAAGACUUCACCAAUUCUCACAGAUUUAAAAGCCAUCUGAAAACUCACCGUUGAGGGAUGCCUGGUCAGCUCAAUGGGGAGAGCUUGCAACUCUUGCUCUCGGGGUUGUGAGUCUGAGCCCCACGUCGGGCGUAGAGAUUGUUUAAAUAAAUAGAUGAGCUUUAAAAAUAAAUAGAUAAAAAUAAGAAUUCACAGUUGAGGGGUCCUGUGAAUGAAAGGAAUGUGAGAAAAGCUUCAUUAAUUUUCUCAAAAGACCAAGCACAUAAGGACAUGUUAAGGGAACUCAAGUCUUCCCUGAAGGAUGAAAAUGUGAGAAUUCACACAUUUACAUAUUCACAUCUUGUGAAGGUAAGGUCUAGAAAGAUUUUAUGCCUUCCUGCUUUAUGACUUCUUCAUUUUUUAUUAACUAGUAAUAUUUUUUAAGUAGACUCCAUGCCCAGCAUGGAGCCCAACAUGGGGCUUGAACUCCCGAUCCUGAGAUCAAGACCUGAGCUGAGAUCUAGAGUCCUCUGCUUAAUAGACUGAGCCACCCAGGCACCCCCUUCUUUCAUCUUCAGUAGACAUUUGUUCUCACAUUGGAGAGAAAUGCCAUGAAUCUAAGGAAUGUGGAAAAGCCUUCAACAUUGUCUCAACAUAAUCCCAACGUAAUCCCUGUAAGAACUCACACUGCAGAGUAAGGAAUGUGGGAAAGACCCCUUUGAAACUUACUCCUUAAGUUACAGCCAGAGAGGUACUGCGAUUGUAAUAGAUAGAAGAAAGCCUUCCGUAAGAUGAGUACAUAGUUGGAGAGAAACACAGUAAAUGUUAAGAUUGCUGCUAUUAUAUCAUCUCAUCCUUCAACUGGGACCAAAAUUUGUGAUUCUCCAGUUUUUCUUCUCUAAUAAAAUCCUAGAAGAUGAUGAAAAUCCCCCUAUGCGCCCUUGCAACUCUGCCAUGUGAAUUUCAGUAUGUAGCAGAUUUGUUAGAAUUUAUAUCCAGAUGGUCUCUCCAACAUGAACAUCUGUUUAAACCUCAUUUAAUUCCAAUUGUGGUGUAGUGUGCUCCAGGAUAAGGCUUUUUUUUUUUUUUUUUUGGUCAGUUGGAUUUUACUGGUCAUGAUUUGAUGGCUUUAUGGUCAGAGGAUGCGGUCUUUAUGAUGUUGAUGAUGUGAGACAAGUGUUCUGAUGAUCGUUUCAAUCUCUUGGAGCUAAUUCUGUCAAUUACCUGACCAUAUUAUUUUUGUCUCAUCCUCUUUACUAAGGGUGCAUAGACUUGUUUUUCCAGAGUUAGCACUGUUGAAGGUUUUUUUUUAUUAUUUUUAUUUUUGAGAUUUUAUUUAUUUAUUUAUCUGAAAGAGAUCACAAGUAGGCAGAGAGGCAGGCAGAGAGAGAAGGAAGCAGGCUCCCCGCUGAGCAGAGAGCCUGAUGGGGGCUUGAUCCCAGGACCCUGGGAUCAUGACCUGAGCCGAAGGCAGAGGCUUUAACCCACUGAGCCACCAGGUGCCCCUGUUGAGGGUUUUUAAAUGCAUUUUCUACUUUUUCUCCUAACUGAUGGUAGGUAGAGCUUACAUCUUUGACAGAAUUCAUUAGUUUGGAUGCCUAGAAAGCUGUUGGAAAGAGGAGAGUGUUUGUCAUUCUUUUUCUCUUAACUAAGUUCCCUUUGCUCUCUUUCCCAGUUACUCUCUGGAAGUUGGAUGAAGUUCACUGAAUUAGCACAAGCAACUUUAGGAUCAUAGGGAUGAAGGUUAUAGCCUCAAUAACACAACACACAAAACACAAGAACCCCCACUCCCCUGUAGCAUGUUUUUGGGUGUCUGUGGCUGCAACAGGCUUCAUUUCUAAACUUAUUAUGUGAGGUGAUCCCCUAGUUAGAGUAAGAAGCAUUUUAUAACUCCAGAGUUAAAUGAUAAAACUAGUGUAGGGCCAGUGUUUUUAAAACUGCUUCUUGUGUGUUUCAAAACACUGAUUUUCACUCCUUGAGUGUUUUACAUUCUCUCACAAAUAAAAUUUUUGACUCUU